UCUUCUACUCUUCUCAUCCUCACUCGAAAUCGUCUGCUCUUUACCUUAGGGAUAUCUCGGUAAUUUCCUCAUCAUGGCAACCAUGGCAUCCACUUUCACUGCCUCUCUAGCCAAGGCCUCCAUCUUCGAGUCUUCUUUCCAUGGCACACCCGUCGCCCCACCCUCGGUUCGGUUCCAACCCAUCAAAGCGUCCUGCUCGGUUUCCAUGUCAGCUGGUUCCGAAUCGAACCUUCCGUACGACAUCCAGAACUUUAAGUUUGACCCGAUCAGAGAGUCGAUCGUGUCAAGGGAGAUGACCCGGCGUUACAUGAUGGAUAUGAUUACAUACGCAGAUACUGAUGUGGUGGUCGUCGGAGCCGGCUCAGCUGGGCUGUCGUGCGCCUAUGAACUGAGUAAGAACCCGAACGUUCAGGUCGCAAUUAUUGAGCAGUCUGUUAGCCCCGGUGGCGGCGCGUGGCUCGGUGGCCAGCUCUUUUCGGCCAUGGUUGUGCGCAAACCGGCCCACCUUUUUCUUGACGAACUGGGUGUCGCAUACGAUGAGCAAGACACCUACGUGGUGAUCAAGCACGCUGCUCUGUUCACCUCCACCAUCAUGAGCAAGCUCUUGGCCAGGCCAAACGUCAAGCUCUUCAACGCCGUGGCGGCUGAGGACCUCAUCGUGAAGGGUGAUAGAGUGGCCGGAGUGGUGACCAACUGGGCUCUUGUGUCCAUGAACCAUGACACACAGUCCUGCAUGGAUCCGAACGUUAUGGAGGCUAAGAUUGUGGUCAGCUCCUGCGGCCACGACGGGCCUUUCGGCGCCACCGGUGUCAAGAGGCUGAGAAGCAUUGGCAUGAUCGAGAGCGUCCCUGGAAUGAAGGCACUCGAUAUGAACGCCGCCGAGGAUGCCAUUGUUGACCUCACUAGGGAGAUUGUCCCUGGGAUGAUCGUCACUGGAAUGGAAGUUGCUGAGAUUGAUGGAUCUCCUAGGAUGGGACCCACCUUUGGAGCAAUGAUGAUAUCAGGUCAGAAAGCAGCACACUUGGCCUUGAAAGCACUGGGACUCCCCAAUGCUCUAGAUGGUUCAUAUGCAGGUAACAUCCAACCAGAGCUGAUCCUAGCUGCUGCUGAUUCUGCUGAGACUGCUGAUGCUUAAUUAUUUUGCAAUGGCAAUCAACGUAGUUCAUGAAAGCUAAGCUAAGACUAGCCAUAGCUGGAACUAGUAGUUGUUAGGAGGAAGUGUUUGGUUUGAGAGUAUUUGGUUGGUUUUUGUUAAUAAAAUGAGGGUCAUGUUCAUUUAUAUCUCCAUAUAUAUCUUUUCCCUCAAACUUGUGUAUUUGGAAGUGAUCAAUUAAUGGCAACUUUUGUGUCUUUAUUCUCUUUUC